CCCGCGGCUCCAGCUCCAGCUCCAGGGCAGCCGGGCGAGCAGCAUGCAGCGGCGCUGUGCGCAGAGGGCGCCUGGCUGCGCGAGCCGCGGUGCGGAUGCUGCGCUCGGCUGAGGCGGGCCAGGCUGCGCCGCGCCCCGGAGCAGGGGACAGGGGCCCCGGCAUGGCGGGAGACGCGUCCCCCCGGGGGGCCCCGGACGCUGGGCCAUGGAGGCAGGGAGCCCCGCCGGGCGCCAGCAGCGGGCUGAGCCAGCAGCAGCCGGCGUCGGGCGCCCGCGGCGUCUGGCACCCCUCUUCUCCUUGGAGCGUUCUGCUUCUCAUCUGGCUGACUUUUGCAUGCGCUGCUCAGGGGGCAGAUGGCGAGGCGCCAGGGAUCCACCAGCCUCGCCACCGGCGCCAGCCGAGCCAUGGGGCGUGGACCCACUGGGGCAGCUGGAGCGCCUGUUCCAGUACAUGUGGGGACGGAGCCUCUUUCCGGACCAGGAGAUGCAUCAGGUUCCCCGAGGAGGAGCUCUGUCGAGGGACGCCCAGGCAAUAUCGUGUGUGUGAGCGGGACGAGUGCCCCGUUGGCUCCGUUCCCUUCUGGGCGAUCCAGUGCUCCCUCUACAACGGCAAGCCCAUCUUGGGGGGCCAGACCCCGUACGAGUGGGUCCCGUUCCACGGAGCUCCAAACAUCUGUGACCUAAACUGCCUCGCGGUGGGACACAAUUUCUACUACACCUUUGGAAGGGUUUUGGACGGGACCCGUUGCAGCCCAGAGUCUAGAGACCUUUGCAUCAGCGGCCAGUGUUUGAGAGCAGGUUGCGAUGGGAUCCUGGGCUCGGAAGCUCAAGCUGAUGCCUGCGGCGUUUGCCACGGCAGGAACGAGUCGUGCAUCUUCGUGCAGCGGGUGUUCCGGGCGGCGUUCCCCACCUCUGGUUUCUUCGGGUACAAGAACGUGACCCGGAUCCCGGCUGGAGCCAGGCACAUCAAGGUGACGGACCACAGCCGCAACUACCUCGCUUUGAUGAACGCCAACCAGCGCUACGUCAUCAACGGGGAAUGGUCCAUCGACUGGCCAGGCGCGUACGCCGUGGCAGGCACCACGGUGCAUUACGCUCGCACGGGCGACGCGCAGGAGAGCCUUGAGGCGGUGGGGCCCACCCAGGAGGACGUGUGGGUCAUGGUCCUCUUCCAGGAGCACAACCCGGGCAUUGAGUACCAGUUCUGGCUCCCAAAGCACCAGUCCCAUCACGUCCAGAGCGACGCCAGCGCUCUCCGCCAGCCCCAGACCAGGGAGGCCGAGGGAGGGGCCCCAGGGGAGGCCCCCACGCUCCCACCCGCCACGGCAGCCACGCCCCACUUCCAGAAUGCCCGGGGCACCACCAAGAAAACACCACGAGGGGAGGCGACGCCAGAGCCAGCAAGGACGGACACCCAGCCAGGAAGGUGUAGGCAGUGUGACACGCCGAGGGGGAAAUCGCAGCGCAUCCGCCAUUACUGCAGCAGCGACUUUGUUUUCCGCGCCCGGAUCCUCUCCAAGCGCUACGUCGGCCAGGAGACGCGCUACGACGUGCAGGUGAAGCACACGUACCACAACCGCUUCCCCAUCAUCCACCGCGAGUACGUCUGGGUCUCCAACACCUGCGAUUGCCCCAUGCUGGCCGAGCGGCGCGAAUACGUCCUGAUGGCCCGGCGCCACGUCAACUUCGAGCACACCCUCAACCGCAUCCUGCUGCAGCGCUGGAGCUACGCCCGGCCCUGGUCGCCCCGGGAGGACCUGCAGCUCCGGGAUGUGCCCAAGCACUGCGGGACACCGUGAGCUGCUGGGAUCCCAGCCCACCCUGUCUGAGCGAGAGAGCGA